AUGUCAUUCUACAUCAGAGGUCCAAACUUUGCAGCACUGAAAACAGGUAGUUUUAAGUUAGCUCCUCAUGUUCAGAAACUCACAGGUUUGCAACUUCGUGUCAAUUUGUGGGGCGAUUAUGCCUACAAGAUGCAAGAGUAUAUACAUAACAAUUCAGACAAUCGUCAUAUCGUUGUUAUUCUUCAGUUUGGUCAGAUUAAUGUGUGGAGAGAUCGUCCAAGUGUAAACACCUACUUUACAUCUUCCAAGUUGUUCAUUAACUCUGACAUAGAUGAAAUUAUUGAUUUCAACAAAAUGUUUAUGAUUCCUAUACGUGUGCGAGAUAAUACUGGAACUCUAACCUUAACCAUGUUUGAGAGAGAAGGGAAGUAUCUAUUGAAGCAAUCAGCGAAAGAGUUGGUUAAAAAAAUGGAAAGGCUUGGAGACAAUCUUGAUUUUUAUCCGGGGGGAGUUAAUGCAUUGAAAGGUUUGAAAUUGGCCUUCAAAAUUUCUGUUACAAAAUUCAAUGUGUCAAAAAAGAACAACCAAUAUGGUAUUGCUAGAAUCAGUGAUGAUGAAAGUUUAAUCGAACAACUUGAAAAUAAGUUAACCGAGUCACAGCCUUCUAAUUCACAGUCAUUAGAUUUUGGUUCAGCCGAUUUGCAAUCUCAAGAGAUCAAAAAUUUAAUGGAUGCAAUUUUUGGCACGGACGAUAACAUAACUCCUUCCACUGUCGACAAAAACGAGACAACAAGUCUGAUGAAGAGUUUGAGCACAACACCGGUCUUAAAGAGAAAUCUUAAAGAAGUUUUUAUCUACGGUUUUUAUCUAUAG